AUGUCAUUUUGGCAACAAUCAUUAGGAUUGCAAGACGAGAACAAGAACACUGAUGUGCAAUCAAUUGAGGAGGAUAAUAAUAAGGAUUUCGGCGAGGAUGUGAUUGCCAAUGAUGACAGCUUUGACGAUGACCCGUUUUGGGCGGACGAUGAUGACUAUUAUGAAGAAGAAGAUGAUGAUGAUGAUAACGAUGAUGACAACGAUGAUGAUGACGAAGGUGAUAACGAUGAUGGACUAGAAAUAGAAUCACCAAUUCCUUACAACAAUGAUAUUUCUCCUAUUGACGAUCACCAUGACGAUGAUAAUUCAGAGCAAGUUUUGGAAUAUUUGGACCAAGACCAUCCAGGAGCUCCUCUUCCUAAUAUUUCUUCGCCGCCCAAGAUUGUUAUAGACGAAAGUAUUGAUGUCCUCUCAUUGCCAUCUCCACAAGAAGACAAGAUGGCUCUUGUUCCGGUGGAUUACUCCUUGGCACCACCAAGACGACCACCACCUCCACCACCACCCCCAAGGAGAACCACAACCACCACAACGACAACAACAACAACAACAAUGAUUACCCCCAUGACACCACCGCCCACCACCACACGACAAGAAAAGCACAUGCAAUUUGUCUUUCUCAGUGAUCAAAAGGCAGUUCCUUCGGAACUCAAACGACUCCAAGAAACCACGAGACGACGACGACGCGAAUUGCAAAAUCAGCAUCACCAUGUCGAACUCCAAAUUGCGAGGGCCGCCUCUACCUUUGCCGAAGAAAAGAUGGAUUUGGGAUUGGCCAUUAGCGAUACCUUUGAACGAUCUUGCUGUCUGCCACUGGAAGAAGCGACGGAACGAAUCUUUAUGGAACGCGAGACGGUCAUGGAUCGGAGGCCUGCCGUAUCCAUGCUCGAAAAACGAAUUAGCCGCGUCGAACAAGACAUGAUGCAUCAUUUGCAUGUCGAAUUGAGCAAUGCCAAGAAGGCUGAACUAGAUAGUUUUCGAAAGGAUUUGGUACAGGAAAUCAUUCCCAGUGUACGAAUUGAAAAGUCCAUGGCGGAUAAAAUUGAAGGCGGUGUCAUUCGACGGUAUGAAUUCAAUGCGGGACUGGCGUCCAAGCAUUUUCAUCAAGAAUGUGCCAGACGCAAGGCGGAACUCGAAAUAUUCAAUCGACAAAUGAGAGCCGCUCUCAGUCAACAACAACAACAUUCCGAAGAUAUUUUGGAUCGAAUUCAAAAUCUAAGAUUGCAACUGAAAAUGGAAAAGGAAGAACGCAAGGUGGCGGAUCAAAAAUUAAUGCAGGAUCUCCAAAAGACAUCGAUCGCCAUGAGACGGGCCUUUUUGGCUGCCUUUGACGACGAUGCUGAUGGUAAUUCUUCUCCUUCGAAAAGUAAAAGCAAACAGAUGGACAUGAUACAUCGCUCAUCAUAA